AUGCGAAUAAUUGUGUUGUUUUUAGCGUUUUUGCAGUGCUUUAGCGGGUGUUUAGCGGCAGUUGUGGGGCUUGAUUUUGGUACGCAUUAUGCGAAGGAAAUGGUUGUUUCUUUGAAGGCGCCAUUGGAGAUUGUUUUGAACCCUGAGUCCAAGAGAAAGGAUGCUAGUGCGUUGGCUAUUAGGCCGUGGGCAGAUCAAGAUUAUUUGGAGCGUUAUUAUGGUACGUCAGCGAUGUCUCUAGCGGCUAGAUUCCCAUCUAUGACGUUUAUGCAUUUGAAGAGUUUAUUGGGGAAGCAUUACGAGGACAACCUGUUCCAUUACCACAAGGAGCAUCCUGGGUUGCAUUUUGUGAAGGAUGGGAGCCGUAAUUCGAUUGCUUUUCCUAUUGGAGAUGGGGAAUCGACGCUAUCUGUGGAAGAACUUGUAGGUAUGAGUUUGAGACAGUAUGUGGAAAGGGCGAACCAUUUGCUUGCUGAGAACCAUGAUUCGGACUCUGUGAGGUCGGUUUCGUUUGCUAUUCCGGAGUAUUUCAACCAGGCUCAAAGGUUGUCGUUGUUAGAUGCGGCUCGCUUGGCUAAGAUCAGACAACCGUACCUUGUGAACGAUGCGAUUGCGGUUGCCAUCGACUAUGCUUCUAAGAAGAGGUCUUUUGAGCCGGGGAAGAAACAUCAUUACGUUAUAUACGAUAUGGGAGCUGGGUCUACCACGGCGUCGCUAGUUUCUAUCUUGCAGCCCGAAGAUACGAGUUUACCCUUGAAUAUCGAGUUUUUGGGAUACGGCCAUACUGAGGCGCUAUCUGGGUCUACAUUGACGCUGGCGAUCUACGAUAUCUUGGAAAACCAGUUCUUGCAGGCACAUCCGGAAAUUAGAACUCAUCAGUUCGAAUCUGACCACAGUGCGAAGACCAGGCUAGUACAGGCUGCAGAGAAGGCUAAGUUGAUGUUGAGUGCCAAUUCCGAGGCGCCAGUGUCGGUUGAGUCUUUGUUCAACGAUCUCGAUUUCAAGACUACGGUGACUAGAGCAGCAUUUGAAGAAUACGUCGCAGACAGUAGGUCGUUGGUCAUCGAGCCUAUUUUCACAGCGUUGAAGACCUCUUUUGAAAAUGAUGGCCAGACUGAAAAACUUACCGUGAAGGACUUGGACUCCGUUAUCUUGACAGGUGGUUCUACAAGGGUUCCAUUUGUAAAAGAGCAGCUUGAAGAACACUUUGGAUCUAGCCUGAUCUCUAAAAAUGUGAACUCAGAUGAAUCUGCAGUUCAUGGCGCUGCCAUUCGCGGCGUUCAAUUGUCUGCGGAGUUCAAGACCAAACCAAUGAAUAUCACUGAUAGAACAACGCAUGCAUUCGCUGUCACGGUGCAAGGAACAAAUGAACAGCAAGUAGUUUUCAAUGCGGGAUCCGUAUACCCAAAGACGACGACUCUACAGCUACCAGGCUCAGGCUCAGGCUCAGAUAGUAAAACAAACACUUUGCAUUUGGAGUUGUUGGAAGAUGAGAAAGCAUUCAAAAAUAUAGACAUACAGGUUGAUUCAAAGAUACAAGUGGCAAAGUUAAAUAACUGUUCUUCUGAAGUCAAUUAUAAUGUAACAUUAUCUUUGGAUUCCAACCAAAUAUUUGAUGUGGACGAGGUGGUAGCCUGGUGUUCUGCUCCAAAAGUACAAGAAUCUAAUGAAAAUAAAGACAACGAUACCGAUUCAAGCGCAGCAACACUACCAACUGAGGUUGUUGUCAAGCAGGUUAUUCCAUUCACAGCGGAAUACACAAAUGUUAAGCCAUUAACAGAAGAGGAAAAGUUGGAAAGGUUGAACAAGCUCAACAAAUGGGAUCAAAAGGACAAAAUUAGACUCGAAAGACAGAGAUUGUUGAAUGAUUUGGAAUCAUCGCUUUAUGCGGCCAGAGAGUUGCUAGACGAUGCAUCCGAGUUAGAACACCCACCAAACAACUAUAUAAAACAACUUGAGUCUAUUAUCGAGGAAUACCUUGAAACCCUAAACGAACCUUCCGCAAUCAAAACCAAGGACAUUAAAGAUAUGAAACAAAAUCUGGCCAAGAGACAAGAAAAACUAGAGACCUACAUAAAAUACUCUAAUGAAGCCUUGGAUGACAAACAAUUUGAACAACUUCUAAAGCAAGGUGAUGCACUUUUAGAAAAGAUCACUAGUAUCGAGAAGAAGAAGGUCGAGGAUCUCUUCCCAUUAGCAGAGAAGUUUGAAUCACUAGGAUUGAACGUUACCUCAGAAUAUUUCAGGGUCAAACCUCCUAAGUCAAAGGUUGUGCCUGAAUCCCUUGUUGAUAAAGUUGUGGAUAAGUUGCAUUCCCAGUUGGAACAAAUUAAAGAGCUCUUAGAUGGUGAACUAUCAGAAUACAGUCGAGAGGAGCUAUUGGAUAAUAAACUAAACCUAGAUGUUAUUUACACCGAGGUGGAGAAAAUUAUCAAUAGGAUCACAGCAGAACACAAGUAUCGUCUAAAACUUCUACAAUCCGUCUAUGAAAGAAGACUUUUAGCUUCAAAGCAAGCUGAAGAACAUGUAGAUGAACCACAAAACAUCAAACCAGAAGACACUCACUCAAAUAAGAACUCCACAGAUGAUACACGCGAAGAGAAGGAGAAGAAGGGGAGUGAACAGGUUGAGUUCGAACAGGAUGAAUUAUAA